UGUGUGAGUAUCAUCAAUAAUAAGUUUAAAGGUAUCAUACACUUGAAAUGGAUACCAAUUCGCUCCAUUUAUAAACAUUACAACCUCUCGGAAAGUAAUUACAAAUUAGAGAUGUAUUACAUAAAAAUUUUAUUUCCAUGAAAUCUUUAAAUUUUCCAGUGUUACAGAUUAUUAUUAUUAUUACUAAUAGCUUUAUUCAAUAUUACGUGUGUUCAAAAUGAAUUUUUUGUUGCCAGGAUUUGGAAAAUAAUAAUCCCGGUAGUGAAAGUGUACCAAAGUAUGAACAGAACGAUUUAAAAUUUAAACUAAAUGAGUACUUCAGCAUAAAUCCGGAUUGUGGGCAAUUAAAACCAUUCGAAAAGCUGCCAAUCUCUUUAUGUCUUUCUCCUAGAUGGAAGAAGCCAAAACAAGGUUUUGUCAGUUUAAGUGAAUCUCCAGCAAUAAAACCAUUUUCCAUAUGUCUUCGUAUACACAAAGUAGAUCUCAGUUCUUGUGAUUCUUUUGAUCAAAAGAAGUUAAUCAAUUCUUCACAAUCUUCCAUUGUAAUUGAUGAUCAGAACAAUUUAGAAAUAGUCUUAACAGGUUGUUUAAUACCAGUACAAUUUCAGAUAUCACCAAUUAAUGAAUCAAUGAAUGUAGACAAUCAUAAUUUAAAUAAAACUAACGGAUUAAAUACAAUAAUUAGUAAUGAAAAUGUUAAAGUUAAUAAAAUAUAUGAAAAUCAAUUUAUUAUACAAUUUCCUCAAUGUAUAGUUGGUUCAAAACAAUGUACUCAAUUGAAAUUAUCAAAUUAUAGUAAACAUUUACCAAUUCAUUAUAGAAUGCCUCGAAUUGCUCAUUUCAUUGUAAAACCAGAAAAAGGAAUAAUUGAUCCACAAAAAGAUUGUUUAAUUACUGUUUCUUUCAGUCCAAAACAAAUUGGAGAAUUUCAUGCUGUUCAGAAUGUUCACAUUCUCAACUAUUUAACUGGUGUAAAUCCAGUUGUUAUAUAUCAGUGUGAACUCAUUUUUCAUGGUUAUUCACCGGCUUUAACAAUACCACCAGAAAUAAAAUUUAAUCCAGGGAUCAUUCCUAAAUGGGCAAAUGAAGUUGGAAGAAAUACAGAUCUUGUCACAUUCGGAUCAAAUUACGAAUGCCCAAGAGCUGCAAUUAUUAGUCUUAUGAGUAUGAAAAGUUUAAAAGGUCUUAAAUCUCAUGUAUCAAGAUCUGAAUUAAAUACUACAAUGUCUACAAAAAUUGCUUUCCCAAAUGAUAGACUUGCCAGUAUUAGACCAGCAAAUAAACGUGAAGAAUUCAAAACUUUAUAUUGUCGUUUGACGAGAUAUACAUAUACGGAUCGAGAUUAUGAAUGGACUGAAGAUGAAAUGAAUAGUAUAAAUAAGCGACAGUUAACCUAUACUGAUGUUUACCGAAGUCAUGCUCAAAUGAUUGAACAAGUUCAAAAAGAUCGUAUAUUAAUGAAAUGGAACAAACCACCAAAUGAUGGUUCAGUUUUAAUGGAACUGGAUAAAAUAUCACCGAAGUUAAAAAUUGAAAAUUACGAGGAAUUUCAACCAACUAGAAAACUGCAACCAAUGAAUCUACUGAAGAACAGUACAAGCGAUAACAUAAGAGUGGAGAAAAAAAAGAAGCCUGAACGAGUUCUAUCAUUGAAAAUGGUGACCAAGAAGAAAGUUAGUGAUGAAUGUAAACGUAAACUUUCUGUUAGUGAUAUAAAUGAACUAUCUAUUUUUCCAAUAAAUAUUGAUUAUGGAACUAUUUGUCCAAAUGUGAAAUCAACAAAAUUUGUUACAAUAAAAAAUCCAUUAAAUCAAUGUAUUUCAAUAAAAUUGGAUAUAAUUCUUGAAGAAUUGAAGCCAACUACCAUAAGAAAUUAUAUAGUUCAACCAAAAUCAACACUUGAAAUACCAAUUACAAUAAAAAUUACAAAAGUGUCUAACUUUCAAUGGUAAGUCUACUCAUGGUUUUUUUUCUCUCAAACAAUACACUGUAGUAAUAGUUGAAGGAUGUCCUUCCAAUGGAAUUAGUAAUGACGUAGUCAGCAGAACACGGGUGGGGACAACCGAAUUAUAUUUAGCACAAAAUUACAGGAUUCGCAGUCUGAGGGAAUUAUGCAGACUGCUGUUAGCACGAUAGAUUAUUGCAAAAGAUUGCUCCAUGUUGGCUGUAUGUCCUGUUUGAGCUAGAUAGUCUAAGAUGGAGCUAUUAACAGUUUUGACUACACCUUUGCUUAACCACACGGGGAGGUGCUCAUGAGCUCGAAUGUAUAGAUUCCUAGAACAUCUGCCAAUAUAAUUUGCUCCACAGGAGCAGUUGAAUUGAUAGAUACAGAAGGAGGUGGCUAGUCUAGGCAAUUUAUCUUUCAACCUCGGAGUGAUUAUUGGUCGUGUGGAGAACAUUAAUUGUAGUUUACCCGCACCCAAAGUCCUUUAAGUUAAUCUGCUUUGUCAACACACUUGUCAUCUCAUUAUAUGGUAAAUUUAUUUAUAAAUUAUUCAGUCAAAAAAAACCUAUUAACGUUUUUGAUGCAGCAUUGAUAUAACUUAUUACUUACUACUAAACAAUAUCUGUAAUCAAAACUAUCCAGUCCAAUCCAUUUGGUGGGAACAACUCAUGUGUUUAUUCGACUGCGUUUUUGAUACAAGAAUCAUGAUAUAAGACUAAUAAAACAUUGUAGUAUAGAUUAUCUAACAAUUAUAACUGUUACUUCAUCACUUAAGCAAGAAAAUAUUCUGAUGUUAUUAGUCGACCAAAUUAAGAAAAAAGGUAAUGUCCAAAUACACUUGGAUCAAUUUCAUUCAUUAGAAGUAUUUAUUAAUUAAUGCAUGAGAAACAGAAUGGAAAGAUACUUCUAUCAGAAAAAGGUACAAAUAGAACGUAGAAAAAUGCAGCGAUUUGUAAAACAGUUUAUUAAUGGAAUAAUGAAAUAUAUUGCUGACUAAAAUAAUGAUCAAAACAAUGUACAUUUUACAAAAAUAAAAAUAACUAUUAAAAGUUAGUUAUGAUCAGCUUAUGAUCUGCCAAGAAUAUACACCAAUUUAAAUAAUCACAAAAUGAAUUAGCUCAGAAGUCAAUCAGUCAUUCAUAAUCGAAAUUAACAAGAAUACCAAAGUAAAUGGAAAAAAUGUAGUAGUAAAGAUAAUUAAGAAAAACUUAACAUUGAGAACAUGUUCCACAAAGACAGAGUUGAUAUAUAUGUAAAGAGGGGUACUAGUGCAUGCUUCUACACUAUUUCAAACCAUUCUAAGUCAUUUCAUCUAAAGUCCUUAACACCAUAGGUUGUGAUAAUCACCCAGAACUUGAACAAUGAGUCCAAAUAUACCAGCACAGUUAGCCUCAACUCUCAAUGACUUUACAAACGGAUACCAAGGUUUAACAUUUCGCCUCUAGCUUUUUUCAGCUUACUGGAACAUAAAUAAAUAUCGCAUGUCAAGAUAGGCGAUGGUCAGACAUACGUAACAUAUGGGUAACCACAUGAGUUAGUGAAGAUUUACAACCUGAUCAACCAAUUUGCCACCUUCGUCCAGUACCCCGUGUCUAAAUUCAAUACUGUCCAUUACACGAUAUGCAAGCACUAUUUAUCAGGAAAAUCUUGUGAAAACCUGGUCUAUACAUGUCUUCUAACUUCAAAGAGUAUGUAUCAUAGUUACAGCAAUACGAAGACGAUUGUACUUCAAUAUAUUCGAUUUCUGGUUAGCAGACCAUUAUCUCUUAGAUGCCACAAGUGACGAGAAUCACUAAAAGUCGAGUCAGCUUUUUAAAUCCAUACUGAGAUUUGACCAGAUGCCAACUUUUGCACAGUAGAAGAGAAUAUUGAACAGAAGAUAAGCAAAGGGAGGCAAAAUAUAGGAAAUGUUAUUAAAUAGAGAUAAAUUAGAUAACAUACUGAGAAGUGUGGAAUGACACUAAAUUCAAGAUGUAUAGUAAGAGAAAACACAUUUGAAUGAAUCACUACGACCACCUUCACGUCGUACCAACUAAAGAUUCUAAAAACAGAUUGUUGUUAAGUAAGGCCAAGUCAUGAUGUUUACAUUUAUCAACGCAGAUAAACAUUUAGGGACUUAAAAAACAUCCGCUAUAUCGUGUGUAUUUUCACUUCACCAAAUAAUACAUAUCAAGCACCAACACGUAGUCUUAAAAAUUACGGAAAUUAACUGAUAAUGAAAAUUGUGGUCAACCAAUAUUUUAACACUAAUAAUACAAAAUACUUAGGUAGCUUAUUUCGCUAAUUAAAUCAUAUUCAUAAAUUCGACAAUUAUUAAGAACACUAACCGCGUUUGAAAACGAACUGCUGAAUAUACAGUCACAAAAUAGCACACUUAGUAUCAAAGUGCAUUAGAUUCUCUAAGUUACUUUUGUGAAACUAGAACGAAAUUGAUAAUGCCACACUUCUGACUAAUUUACCACAACGCAUUGCAAAAAAUCGGGAAGACGCGUAUUAAGAUACAUCGUUCUGACAGCAAAUAAUUAGUUCACAUAGAUAUUUAAAACGUUUUGUAAUAACCGACGACUUAUUACUGAUUGAUUUCUGUGAAGAAGUAAAUUUUAUUAUAUAGACAGUAGUGAAUGAUCAAAACAAUGAAACUCAACAAAUGGGAACUGGAUGUAAAAAAUGCAAAGUAGCAAUCGUAAUUCCGAAAAGUAAACGCAACUCAUUUUCUGUGUUUAGAUUUGGCAAUACUGAAGUGAACGGACAAUCAGGUGGGGAAAGCCAAUUUAUUAUCUCAUGCAAAAUUACACAGUGACUUUUAAAAUAUAAAAAAUCAUGCAUUAAAUACAUUAUUUACAAAUCUUCCUUCAGUUGUCCUGUAUAUAAUUCUUUAUUCUUCAAAUUCGGUUGUCAUCCUAAUUGCUCUCUGUUGCCCUUUCUGUUCCAUUCAAUCCAAUCUUCUCAAUAUUGUUUUGCUGGCAUACAUUUCACUACUGAUUGGUGAUACACACUACUUAUAUUUGUCAAUAUAAGUAGCAUGCACCACAAUGCUACCAAAAUCCUAAUAAUAGGUUUUAUGUGCUUCGUUAAGUCAGUCAGUCAGCUACAACGUAGGACCAGGCACACAUAUGCAUCGGUCCAGGUUGCCAUACCGCAUUAGCACAGCAAGAUGAACACCGGAUUCAUAGGAGUGGUUAGGUUAAAGGUGGUAAUAUAUAGGAGAAAGAUUGCAUAUAAGGAUACAGUACAGGAAGGGUUUUAGCCAAAGAAGCCUGCUGACCGAUUUGACAUAGGGUGCGUACGUUGAAGGCUCCAACGUAUAGUUUGGAGUGAGGUUUCAGUAGAUCUGGGACAGUGUUUCGCGCACUAGAAUCGUUGGCUAUGGUGACACUUGAGGAGGAAGACGAAAGAGGAAGUUUAGAGUUGAAAGUCGAUGUAGGAUGAAUAAUAGGAAUUGAAGAGGGAGGUUGAUUAUGAAUACAAUGGUCUUCAGUGCUGUUAGAGGUAUGAGGGUGGUUAUCACUUCCCGGUUACCCACACCGUGGAAGGGUUCUUCUGGAGGU